GUUUUGUCGCGAUAGGUUUCCUUCCUUCUUCGGGAGCUGUCGGCCACUUCCGGUUGCAUGACGACUAACGGCGUUGACAAAAAAAGAGAGACUGGAAAAUAGUAGGAAAAUACAUUUCUAACCGUGAACAGCGGAAACUUAACCUCAAUGUGGUGGUCGUUUAGCCGGGGUUUCUUAUGUGGCGACAGAACUACAAGCUAAUGUCAAGUCGGUGCAGCUGUAUAACGUGUGACAUACCCCAAAUAUCUGGAGUUUAUUGUUCUUCGCCUUCUCCCUCCAGCUGAGCUAUUUCUGUUUAGCGUGCUACGCUACCGAGCUAACUGACGGUGGACCAGCGCUGGAUGCCAGCACGGUGUGUGUUCUUAGCUCUCGGUUUAGCAAGCGGCUAGAAAGAAAACAACGCGGUUAAUCCGUUCAGUUCGCAGCUGGACUCGGCUUUCCUGUUGCUAACUCUGUGGCUCCAGUCGGACGAGGAUGGCAACGUCGGCUCUGUAUGCCUGUACGAAGUGUAACCAGCGGUACCCCUUCGAGGAGCUGUCGCAGGGCCAGCAACUGUGCAAGGAGUGUCGCAUCGCACAUCCAAUAGUGAAGUGUACGUACUGCAGAUCUGAGUUCCAGCAGGAGAGUAAAACAAACACAAUCUGCAAGAAGUGUGCCCAGAACGUGAAACAGUUUGGAACGCCCAAACCGUGCCAGUAUUGUAACAUCAUUGCAGCUUUCAUCGGGACAAAGUGCCAGCGUUGCACUAACUCAGAGAAGAAAUAUGGACCUCCACAGACGUGUGAACAGUGCAAACAGCAAUGCGCUUUUGAUCGUAAAGAGGAAGGCAGGAGAAAGGUGGAUGGAAAGCUGCUGUGCUGGCUCUGUACUCUGUCUUACCGCCGUGUCCUGCAGAAGACUAAAGAGCAGAGGAAGGGCUUUGGUUCCUCCAACUCCUCGUCCCUGAACGAGAAAGACCACCACUCCAAAUCGCACCACCAUCACCAUCAUCACCAUCAUCAUCACCACCCACACAGACACAGCAGUUCUCACCACAAGCUGAGUGGGAGCCUAAGCCCCGAGCAGGAGCCGGGACUGUGGAAGCAAAGCCAUAAAUCGUCUUCGAUCCAGAAGGAGACCCCAAAGAAGAAACCAAAACUGGAGAUGAAGCCAUCUAAUGGGGACAGCAGUAGUUCCAUCACUCAGUCCAUGGAUUCUGGUGGAACAGACAACUUCAUCCUCAUCAGCCAGCUGAAAGAGGAAGUGAUGUCACUAAAGAGACUUCUGCAGCAAAGGGACCAGACAAUCCUGGAGAAGGACAGAAAGCUUACAGAACUGAAAGCAGACUUUCAGUACCAGGAGUCCAGCAUGAGAGUGAAGAUGAACCAAAUGGAAAAAUCACACAAGGAGGCCAUGGAGCAACAGCAGACUAAGAACAGGGAGUUGAUGAAACAAGUGGCUGCCCUGUCAAAGGGGAAAAAGUUUGACCGGACAGGAAGCUCGCUGCUGUUGCCCUAACAAUAGGCCGAGCCGCGGGUAACAGCAACAGAGAGGCUUCUUUUUUGUAACACUGUGACCGUCUCCUUCCUGUGUGCCCUCAUCACGUCAACAUUGAUUGCUUCUUAACUCUUGAAGCCAGAGAUCACAUUGUACAAGGAAACAAGUCGUUACAUUAAAGAAUCCUUUCUCCAUAUUAACAUAUUUUAGAUAUUCUAUGGCUCUUUCUCCUUCAGGAUCAUCGGAUGUAAUUUUUAGAAAAACGUGGAAGGCGGAGCCCUCAUUUCUGACACUGCCGGGCCAAAACACAAAGCGUGGUUUUGUGCUUUUGUGGCGAGCAUUCUGGUGACUCUAUCCACUUGUUUUUUUUUAUAGAUGUCAUGCAUUUAUUUAUUCGACUGUAUUUCUUAGCAUUGUUUUUAUUCUCUCAUAACAUACCGAGAGGAUGCUCCACGUUUUGGGGUUUUCAAAAGCAAUUAAGUUAUAUUUUUCUAAAUGGCUUGUGGAAGGCAAGCUCUCUUAAACAGAUUUGUAACAACACAAUGUAUGCAAAACACCGAAUGGGUUACUACUAAGCUGCUGCUCAGUGGAAGAGAUCUCAGAAAUCAGAAAACAACCUAGGUGUGCGCUGAAUGGCUAAAUGCCUCUCUGCAGCUCACUUCCUCACUGUGUGACAGCUUUGCUGUUUCUCUUUACUGGAACGAUUGUAAUAAUGCAUGAUUUUACUGCCAGAUACCGGAAUGGCAUUGUGUUCAGACUCCUUUACCUUCCUUUUACUUAGUUUUUUAAGAAUCAUUUGUACAUGUAUUUACUUGGGUCAACCAUUGUAUUUAAACCAUUGCUUCUGUCUGUUUUAGUGAGUAUGAUAUGUGUAUGAUAUGGCCAGUUGACAUUAAUGUGUCGGUAGAAGAUGCAUUUGAAAGGAACACACCUACCACUUGACUCUACUAGGCUGGUGUCAUACUGUGGUGUUCAGGAUCACUUUUGUACUUUUUUCAAUCUCAAGUGUUUAAAACUAUUAAAACUGGCUAAACUGUC